AGGCAAAAGACGAAACACUCGUAAAGGGCAACUCCUUGUGGACACAUUCUCCCUCCCACCCCAGCCGAGGUCGUCUAGCUGGAGAGCUGGAGACCCAUUCUCUUGCGUGGCACAAGUCUGGUAUUUUCUUUCAGCUGCAAAUCCCGACUGACGGCAGAGAUAAGUCCGACCCGAGGAGCUGGAAAAUUGGUUUAAAAGGCGUCUUCUCACCGCGGGCAAGGACUGCUUGGUGGGGAUCGAGAGCCUGUGCUGGUUGAAUGGCAUAAGCAAAAAAGGGGUUUUCAUUCAUUUUUCAACCUCGCAGCCACCACCCCUGUGGAUCUGGACGUGUUUUCUGCCCCCCACUCCUCCCCUCGUACUCAGUCAUUCACACGGGGGAUUCUUGUGAGCGAUUCUGGCGUUAAUUUAUUAUGGUGGCAAAAGCUUCUAAUAAUAUUUAGUCUGUUAUUUUAUUUUUUACAUUUUUAUUACCAGGCCUGAUCGCACUGUACGCGCACUGCUGUUUUCAAGAGAUGGAGACUGAGGAUGGGGAUUACCAUCAUUUAUCCAGUAAAAUCACUGGCUUGUGUGCCAUACCAGCCGACGUCAAAGUAUCCUCUGAUCGGCAAAAAUAGCAGACUGUUUUAGCAUUUUUUUUGUUUAAAGGAAUUCCCUCUUAUAACGAUUUCUACACGUUUAGCCUAUUUAUAUUUUUAGAGCAAAUCCUGGAAGCCACGCAUUUGCAGGCUACCACAGAGUAGCCCUUUUGGGCUACAGACACAUUUAUUUUUCCUCUUUAAAAAAAAUAAAUAGGAGCUGCUGUGUACAACCUUCAUUAUUUUGUUUCAAUUUAACAUCUGCUCAGGGUCUUUAUUGAGAGGGGAAUAAUGUUAAGGAACAUGAGAUCUGACACACGGAUGGGUAGCCCGACCUUGUUUUGGGGUCUGAUGCUGUCUGUCUCCACUAUCUGCAUCUGGUCCACACAUGGAGAGAUCUGUGGUCCGAGUUUCGACAUCCGAAAUGAUAUCAGCGAGUUCAAGCGGCUGGAGAACUGUACGGUGGUGGAGGGCUUCCUGCAGAUCCUCCUCAUCAACGACAAGACCAACAACAUUAACCAGGAGGUCUUCCGCUCCCUCAGCUUCCCGAAGCUGACCGUCAUCACGGACUACUUGCUGCUUUUUCGUGUCUCCGGCCUAGACAGCCUCAGCAUGCUCUUCCCCAACCUGAGUGUGAUCCGUGGGCGCAAUCUCUUCUACAACUACGCCCUGGUGAUCUACGAGAUGACCAGUCUGAAGGACAUUGGCCUGUAUAACCUGAGGAACAUCACCCGCGGAGCCAUGCGGAUUGAAAAGAACCCUGAGCUCUGCUACCUGUACUCGGUGGACUGGUCUCUUAUUAUGAAUGCUGGGGUCAACAACGUUAUCAAUGGGAAUAAGAAGGCGAAGGAGUGUGGCAAUGUCUGCCCGGGCAUCAUGGAGGAUAACCCUAUUUGUCAGAGGACAUUGUUUAAUGACAAUUACGACUACCGCUGUUGGACAUCCAACCAAUGCCAGAAAGUAUGCCCGGAUCACUGCAAGCUGUCCUGUACGGACAAGGGGGAGUGUUGCCACAGCCAGUGCCUGGGCAGCUGUACUGAACCCAACAACGACAUGGCCUGCUCCGGCUGCCUCCACUACUACCACGAGGGCCACUGUGUGCCAGACUGUCCCCCAGACACCUACAAGUUCGAGGGCUGGCGCUGCAUCACCAUGGAACUGUGCUCCCAAGUGCACCUGCAAGGUGACAAUCACUUUGUCAUCCACGGGGGAGAGUGUAUCUUCGACUGCCCCUCUGGCUUCACACGCAACGAGACUAAUCGUAUGUUAUGCAAUGCCUGCAAUGGCCCGUGCGAUAAGCCCUGCACACCUCGUGUCAUCGACUCUGUGGAUGCUGCUCAGUCCCUGAAGGACUGCACCGUCGUCGAAGGCAACCUGGACAUCAACAUCCGCCAUGGAAUUAACAUAGCGUCUGAGCUGGAGAGCUUCAUGGGAUUGAUUCAGAAAGUGACGGGCUAUGUGAAGAUUCGACACUCCCACGCAAUUGGCUCGCUGUCCUUCCUCAAGAGCCUGCGUUACAUCGAUGGGCAGGAACUCAUCGACAACAUGUAUUCCUUCUCCGCUAUCAACAACCAUCACCUGCAGUACCUGUGGGACUGGAGUCAGCACAACCUGACUAUCGGGAAAGGUCGUCUCUUCUUUCGUUUAAACCCCAAGCUCUGCAUGUCUGAGAUCCACACUAUGUGGGAGAAGACAGGCAUUACUGUGAAGCCAGAGGAGGGAGAUUUCCGUAACAAUGGUGAAAGUGCCAGCUGUGAAAGCCAUAUCUUGAAGUUCAAGUCUAACAUCACAUCAAGCCAUGCCAUCAGGCUGACGUGGGAGCGAUACCGGCCGCCGGACUACGACAACCUUAUCAGCUUCAUUGUCUACUACAAGGAGUCGCCUUUCCAGAACAUCACAGGGUUUGAUGGGCAGGACGGCUGUGGCUCAAACAGCUGGCACAUGGUGGAUGUGGAUCUCCCUCAGGAUGAAAACAUUGACCCAAAAGUCAGUCUUCAACACCUUAAGCCCUGGACCCAGUACGCUAUUUUUGUUAAGCUCAUUACCUUGCAGGUGAAGGAAAAACACAUUAAAGGAGCAAAGACUGAUAUAAUCUACAUUCGCACACGUCCAUCACUGCCAUCUAUGCCCAAAGAUGCCCGCUCAUUUGCCAACUCUUCAACCAGGCUGAUGGUGAAGUGGUCACCUCCAGCUUUUCCAAACGGGAAUCUGACCUACUACCUAGUCCGCUGGCAGCGCCAGCCUGAAGACAGAGAGCUCUACCAACAUAACUACUGCUCCAAAGAACUGAAGAUCCCGAAGCGUAUGCCAGCCACAGGGCUCAUGGACCCAGAGGACACCAAGCCCACGAAGUCGGACCUGGCAGGGUCAGAGAAAGGCACAUGCUGUGCUUGCCAGAAGACGCCUGAAGAGAAAAACCGUGAGAUAGAUGACCGCGUCUUCUUUAAAAUCUUCGAGAACUUCCUCCACAAUGCCAUCUUUCUUCCGAGACCUCCAGAUCGCCGGCGUAGAGAUGUUUUUGGCGUGGCGAACAACACACUACUGCAUGACGGUGCUGGUAGGGGGAACACCACCAUCGACGUGGCGGAUAACAGUACAGAUGGCAUUCCUCCUAUCAAGGAGUACCCUUUCUCAGAGGGCAAGAGUACAACAGAUUAUUUAGAGAUUCCCAACCUGCGGCCCUUCACUGUCUACCGCAUUGACAUCCAUGCAUGUAACGAGGAGGUGGGGCGAUGCAGUGCUGGAGCCUUCGUCUUCGCCAGGACCAAACCUGCAGUCAAAGCAGAUGACAUCCCCGGAAAGGUGAUCGUUGAGAGGAGUGACAAGGUUGAAGGUUGUGUGGUGCUGCGCUGGCCAGAGCCCGCCAUGCCCAACGGACUCAUCCUGACGUAUGAUAUCAAGUUCCGUCUGGGGAACGAGCCUGAGAAGCACGAGUGUGUGUCGCGGCAUCAGUACCGCGAGCACCAAGGAGCCCGGCUAACCAACCUGGGCUCAGGGAAUUACUCUGCUCGCGUGCAAGCUGUUUCUCUAGCAGGGAACGGCUCCUGGACGGAGAGUGUGUUUUUCUACGUGCCUCCACCCAAAAGAGAUGAUGGUGUAACAUUCUACUUGGUCAUCAUUAUUCCCAUCUUAGUGACACUUUUCAUUGCCGGCCUCACCACUCUUCUCUUCUUUGUGAAUAAAAAGAGGAAUAGCGACAGAUUGGGGAAUGGAGUCCUUUAUGCUUCUGUCAAUCCUGAAUACUUCAAUGCUGCUGAGAUGUAUGUCCCGGAUGAGUGGGAGGUGGCCAGGGAGAAGAUCACGAUGCACAAGGAGCUGGGCCAGGGCUCCUUCGGCAUGGUGUACGAAGGCAUCGCCAAGGGAGUGGUGAAGGACGAACCUGAUACACGAGUGGCCAUCAAGACGGUCAAUGAGUCGGCCAGCAUGAGGGAGCGCAUUGAUUUUCUGAACGAAGCCUCUGUCAUGAAGGAGUUCAACUGUCACCAUGUGGUGCGGCUGCUGGGCGUAGUCUCUCAGGGACAGCCAACCUUGGUGAUUAUGGAGCUGAUGACCCGUGGAGAUCUCAAGAGCUACCUGCGCUCUCUGCGCAAAGAAAACACCAACAGCCAGGUCUUACCCCCGCUCAAAAAGAUGAUCCAGAUGGCAGGGGAAAUCGCCGACGGCAUGUCGUACCUAAAUGCCAACAAAUUUGUCCACAGAGAUCUGGCUGCCAGGAACUGCAUGGUAGCUGAGGACUUCACUGUGAAGAUUGGAGAUUUUGGCAUGACCAGAGAUAUUUAUGAGACGGAUUACUACCGAAAAGGAGGGAAGGGCCUGCUGCCUGUCCGCUGGAUGUCUCCAGAGUCGCUGAAAGAUGGCGUGUUCACUACAACAUCUGAUGUCUGGUCAUUUGGUGUCGUGUUGUGGGAGAUCGCCACCUUAGCAGAACAGCCUUACCAAGGCAUGUCCAAUGAACAAGUGCUGCGCUUCGUCAUGGAGGGAGGACUCUUGGACAAACCAGACAACUGCCCUGACAUGCUGUUUGAGCUGAUGAGGAUGUGCUGGCAGUAUAAUCCCAAGAUGCGUCCGUCCUUCCUGGAGAUCAUCAGCAGCAUCAAAGAUGAACUGGAUCCUCCCUUCAGGGAAGUGAGCUUCUUCUACAGUGAGGAGAACAAGCCACCAGACACAGAGGAGCUGGACAUGGAGGUAGAAAACAUGGAGAACAUUCCACUGGACCCUGCAUCCACCAGGCAGCCCUCCUCUGCUGCUGCUGCUGCUGCUGCUGCCAUCGCCGCCCCUUCAUCGGGCUGUACGGGAGGCACGCCGCCCCCUUCUACCCAGCAGUUAUCGCCCAUGCAAGGCCCGAGUACUCCGUUACUGGGAGCUGUGUCUCCCUCCUCCCCGGGCCCGGUUGCCUCAGCCUUGGCGUCUCCAGGCCAAGCCUUGGACAAGCACUCAGGACAUCUUUCGGCCAACGGGCCUGUGGUCGUACUGCGGCCCAACUUUGAUGAGAUGCAACCCUAUGCACACAUGAAUGGGGGCAGAAAGAACGAACGGGCAUUACCACUGCCCCAGUCGUCGGCCUGCUGAUAUCAGACCAGCCCCUCCUCCUCCUUCUUUUACACAGGGUAACACAAACCUCUCCUCCAUCUCUUCAGCAGUGAUGGACGAGGUAAGAAAUUACUUUUUUUCUACUGUGUGCCAGUAGAUGGUUUCUCCACUCCUUUAAGGUCAAACAUGAACUCUAAAAUCUGCGAAAACAGUACAGAAACCUGCUAAAGCAUUUGGAGUUUGGUGGCUCAGACUUGACACUGGGGAACUCCUUCCUGUGCCGUCUGUAUUUCAGUCGUUGUUACAUAAGUCCUUUGAGAAGGAAAACAAUACAGGCAUGUAUCCUGGCUUACAGAUUUAGACACCAACUUAAAGAAAAUCUUUUUUUUAGCAUAUCUGCCAGCAAAUCCAACAGAAGAGCACUUUUUUUCCUGAUGAUUUCAGAGAGGAUGUUGUGGAUAUCUGAGUGUGUAUUUAUACGAAACACAUGAUUCUCUCUAUAAUAUGGCAACGCUCCAUUUCUACAUGACUUUCCAGCAAAAUGACUUUGCAUGAGCGGGCUGGCUCAUGUCGUGAGGAUGCCUCAAUUAGAAAGUUUGGACUGAGAUCAUUGUUUCUUUUUCCUGUUGAUAUUUCUAUGAUCCCGUCAGGAGCGGGUCAAAAAGGAAGAGGACGGCCUAUUGUGUAUCUGCCAAACUAUUGCCAAAUCAAGCUUUUCUUCAGUUUCAUAUAGGUCUCCCUUCUUGUUUAAGGCUGUGAUUCAGAGUUGAGACAAGUCUGUCUGGGAAACAAUACCAACAUUGUUUGGUGGUUCAGACUUAUCUUUAGUACUAGCUGCUCCUGGAGCAGCUGUGUGUGGGGGGUUAUCACAGGAUGGAAUACUGUGUUACUGUUGAGACAGGCUGCAUUCACACCUGCAGUCAAAGUUUUCACAGAAUAUGCAGUGUCUGCAUUGGGGGUGGAAUAAAUCUAGCAAGCCUUGUGAUACAAGGAGGAGAAACACAACACUAAAUUUAAUUUAAGUGAAUUGCGUAUGAAGAGGCCGGUAACCAAAGCCUCUUUAAUCAAAUUUAGUGGAUUUUGUUUCUUUAAAUCAAUUGACACAAUAUCAGAAAUAAAUCUUCCAAAGAUGAUUAUUAAAUCCAAACAGGGAGAACUGAGAAAUGUGGUUUAUGAGGUUAAAACAACUGACAGAAAAACUUCCAAUUAAAGUGGGGGUUUUAAAAACAAAAAUGAGCAGAUUUAAAAUUAGCUCUUUUUUUAUUUUUGGAAUUUUCACAAGCAAUUGGCAGAUUAUUUGAUGAUUUUUUUUCCCACCUCUUUUGCAAGUCCAUUCAGAUCUAACUACAACAGCAAUGAUAAGUCCAACAAUUGAUUUGCAACUCGGGAGAAAAAUAAUCAACUAUUUUAAUAAUCAAUUAAUUAUUGAGGUAAUUUUUCAUGCAAAAAAAUGGCAGGAAAUGCUGUUUUCAGACUCAAAAAUAGGAGAUUUUCUGCUUUUCUUUGUUUUGUAUAGUAUUAAACUGAUUAUCUUUGAGUUUUUGGACUGACAAUUUAAAGAAAUUUAACAAACCUAUUUAAUAAACCACAAUGGACUUAAUCAAUAAUUUAAUUAAUUAUUUGUUUAUUUAGUUAGAUUAAGGGCUGCGAUUGGAAUAAACCUUCCCCUGCACACGUUACUUGAGUUGGCCAACUCUGAAUCACAGCUUCAGUCUGUCUUUGUUUUUAUGAAAAAAACAAAAGCAUCAUAAGUCUCACACUGCAAAUCACUGAACUUCGCAAUCAAGGGAUGCGACUCUGCCUCCACUUUCAUUUAUUCAGACCUUAUCUGACAUUUUUUUAGUGUGCAUUUCAUGUGGGAGAUGAACAUCAUUCUCUCUGAUACUGCUGUUCAAAUUAAAUAGCACCAAAUACACCACAACAGACAGACAGAGUCUAAGACCUGAGACAGAAAACGAGAAGGCAUUGGAUCGGAUUUUAGUAGCCUAGAGACGACUUUUAAAUCACAGCAGGUCUCUUUUAGAAUAGUCAUUAGUUUCUCUACAUUUCAAACACAUAUAAGGGUCUUACAGUUGUAUUUUAGACUGCAGGAUCGUUUUUAUACACAUCAUUGGUUUUGUCACUUUUUUAAACCUUUUUACGGUUCAAAAUGUUUGCCUCUAUGUCUGUACAGAACAAAGCUGCUAUUUUAUUCUUUUUCUCUUUUGGAUGAUAUAUAUAUAUAUAUAUAUACAUAUAUAUAUAUAUACAUAUAUAUAUAUACAUAUAUAUAGAAAUCCUUCAGGUUUGGUAUUUUAUGGUCUCCACUACAGUCCAUUUCUUAUAUCUUCAAACUCUGUUUAAAAAACAACAACAAAAAAAACAACAAAAAAUAAGAUGAUUUAGAUAUAAAAGCAUUUUUUCUGUUACCCCAAAAGGUUUUCUGUAACACUAUAUUUUGUUCAUUGCCUUUUAAUUUUAUGAAAUCUUUCCUCCUGUAUUUGUUUUGUGGAUGUCUAUAUUAUUAUUAUUAUUAUUAUUAUUAUUAUUAUUAUUAUUAUUAUUUGGAAUGGACACCUUAGCUCGAUGUGUGAGUGUGUACUUUCUGCACCCUUUUUGUACUUGUUGUCUAGCACUGCGCCUAGCAUUGCCCUCUAGGUGCAACUCAAUCUCAGGUCAAAGUAAAGGCUUUGCUUUCUCCACACAUUCUCAUGAUCGUCCUCUACUUGUCUCAGCUUGUACCUCCCCCUUUCCUCCCCCUCAUCAUGUUUUGUUGAGUCCAGUAGUGCCCUCUCUCCUCCCCACUGGCCCCUCACUGACCUCUACAACAUACUGUACCUGUUUCCCCCCGGUGCCUCCUUUUGAAGUCAGUGUACCAGAUAUUUACUUUAUACCAGAUCUGGUAUUUUAACCCAUCCGUUUCUUGCCUCUUCUUGAUUCAAUAGGGCUAAUUGGGUUGUCUUGUUUGCCUUAAUUAUGCCAACCAUCUCUCAACCAUUCAAAAAUCCUUUCUUCCUUUAUUUUUUUUUAAUUACUUCAACACUCUCAAGCGCAAUAUAACACCACUUCUGCUAAUGUUACUUCUUCAAAGUGAGAACAGGUCUUAUUGUUUGUCUUCAUAAUCACUGCUUCUGAAAACCAAAUACAGGAUGGGUUAAAGUCCAGGGAAGGGAACACAUUUCAAUGUCAUGAAUGGAAAAAGGUCUUAAAAUAGAGGCUGAAUAGUGAAAGUGUUUUGAAGGAUUUCUCCUCAUCUUUUUGGAAAUGUUGCCUGGUGAUUUUCCCCCCUCUCUCUUUGAAGUUUUAUUUUCUGUAGGAGUGUUAUUUAUUUAUUUUUUUAUUUUCCUUUUGUGAUAUCAGUUUAAAUCACUGUAUAAAUGCCCCAAGAUUCAGUAUAAAGUUGGACUUUUUUUGUAUGUAUUUUCUUUGGUGUCAUGACUGGGGGACUUAAAAAGUUUGUUUUUUUUCCUUCAAGUAUAUAUCUACCUCACUCUCUUUUUAAAUAUAUGUAUGUGUAUGGAAAACAAGUACAUCUCACUCUCUCAUCAGUUUGUAUAGAAACCUCAUCAUCUGGAUAAAACCCACAGGGAUCUAGAUAAACCUCACACAGCGGACGAGGACAGGAGAUGGAAUAUCUAUGUUGGAAGUUCAGCCCACUGAUUUCAGGCCCAGUGGUUUAGCAAAAGUAAGUUUAUAUAAAGGAGAGGGCUUUAGUUUGUCCUCAGAAUCAGUUUAAAUUGUUGAAUUGAAAAAACUACAUAAUUAUUUCAAACCUAUACUUUAAUUUGACUAUAUACGGUAGGAAAAGGCUCAGAGCAGGUGCAGGAAAAAACAAGAGCAUGGGGCCAAACAUCAGAUAUCCCAUCUCCACUGACUCCCAACAUAUUGUCACAACCUGGAAUCCUCAAAAAAAACAGAACAGAAACCUUCUUCUUCUCAUCUAAAAUGCAUUUAUACAGAAAUCAAAACGGUUAUCAUGGGGAAUAUUUAAAAAGGGAAAGAAAUGUAUUUGCUGUUUACCUGUAGCUUGUAUUGCUGCAAGGUGACAGCGCAACACAAACAUCCAGAUGUCAUUCACAAUCUCAAAAAAACACAUUUUGGUUUUGUAUAUAUGGAUCAGUGCUGUGAAUGUAACAAAGGCAUUUCUGUACACAAAAACCUAUGUAAAGAAAGCAACUCCACCUACAUGUUUCUACCUUUAGUCCUAAAACAAUGGAUACUUUCAAUCAUUUGUUUUGUAACUCUUUGUUUUAUCGCCAUCACUCCCUGUCUACCUGCAGAAUGCCAUGACGUUUAGCUCUAGUAAUGGCUCAUUUCCACUUUUUUGGCUUCUCUGGUCAUUUGAAAGUAAACUCAACACGCCUUUUCUGGUCUAUUUGUACUGCUACUUUGCUAAUGCUGCUGGUCAAAACAGUCACCUCAGUGGAUCUUAUCGUCAUCAAAAAUGUUGAGUGUGAAGGUUUACUUCUUAAAACUUCUCGUAAAAAACUUCUGCUUUUACUCACGGCGGCUACUUGGAGAGCGCUGUCUCAGUGCAAGGGCUUCUGAGCUGGAGGGAUGAAACAAAUUAACCAAUUAAUGUUGAAAUUAAUACCUAAAAGCAAAUAAAAAUAGUGGGAUUAUGAAUAGUCCACUAGGUAACUUCUAAUGUGAAAUCUGGGUGCUCAAUUUAGGUUCUUAAGCAUUUUAUCUGUGUAUGAUUUAAGAGAAUCAAAGAGUGAACUUGUUUUUUUUGGAAAAAACAGUCUGACUGCUUCUGAAUAUCAUAUCAGUGCAGAAAUCACCACUGACAAGCAAACAGCUUGUGUAGUUACUUAACAUAUCUGUGCAUUUAUGUUUUCUGUUUGGAUGUAUGUAAUGAUAAAAUACAAACUCAUCUGUUCUGGGAGUAGACAUUACAUUGACCUUUUCAUGAGGUGAAUAAAUAGUUACUAUUAGAUCACGAACCUGUCAUAACAACAGCAUUUAAAUAAACACGUGGACAUGUACAGGACAGGGAUGUUGCGUAGAUUACGGGUAGUCAUGGUAAAGAGUAAACGACAUGAUUAGAAAGAGUUGAUAGAGCUAAGUUUACAGCUUCACACUAGUUGCUCUUUUUUGCAUUACCAGAUUUCAGCGUAAACAUACAGUAACUAACUAAAAAAACAUUUAACUUAGUCAUCUUUAUCAUUUUCAUUCUUCUGAAUGUUCUUCAUGCAAACCUCAGGUUUAUGGAGGAUGCAUCAGUGCAUUCAAACUGCAAUAAUAAGUUUGAGGUUUAUCAUUAUCAUGCCUCUGUUUUAUGAUUUGCAUUCCUGUACCUUCUGAGGGGGCCUUGGUUUACUGCUAUUAUUUUAUUACAAUACUUUCACGAAAUCUGUGUUCAUUACCUGACUGGGGAAAGAAAUAAUCAAAAAACCUUCACUAGACUGUCUUUUUUCAAGCUCUGUAUCUGAGGCCUCAAAGUUUUUUCACACCUAUAGCUGAGAUGGUGUAUUUUUGACAUGCCAUCUCCAAAUGUGUAUCUGAGAAUUUCUUGUAUUUUCUUUUUUUUUUCUGAAAUUUUUAAUAAAUAAAUGAAUGAGAACUUU